AAAAAAUUGAAUAAGCAAUUAAACUUUCGUGACUUUUAAAUUUAAUCAAAAUGUUACAAGGUUUGAAAGCUAGAACAGGACGUGAAAAUCAAGUUUACGAUAAAGGCUACACACGCAAGGUAGCCGGUUGUGUACCAAUUAAUAAGAAAACCGGAAAAAUCCUUCUGAUAACGCGAAGAAAACAAGAAGGAUGGGUGCUGCCUAAAGGCGGCUGGGAAAAUGAUGAAUCAGAGGAAGAAGCAGCAUUACGAGAAACAUAUGAAGAAGCUGGUGCAAUAGGGCGAAUAGUGUUUUCGAUUGGUAUCUGGAAGCAUCCUGUCACCAAUAAAGGGUUACCAAAGGCCGAAUUUAGAUUCUUUGAGAUGGAAGUGGAAAAAUUGGAAGAAAGAUGGCCAGAAAUGAAUGAGCGAGAUAGGCAAUGGUUUUCUUAUGACGAUGCAUUGAAAGCAUUGACAAAACCUUUUAUGCGCGAAGUUGUUGAACAAUGCUCAUUAGCUCCAUUUGAUAAUAAUGAUAAUAUCAUUACUUCAUUUGAUAAUAUUAAUAUUAAUCAUAGAACGGAAAAGGUCUAUUCGUAGCAUCCGAAGACCGUAAAGAUUUUUGGACAUGGAUAUUUUCGAUUUUAGUAAUUAUUUUAUUGAUUAUUUGGUAUUUAUCAACUAAUUAUUAUAAUGACAUUGAUUUCUUUUCUGAAAAAUUUGCAUCAUAAUUUCCGGUGAAAUUGACACUUAUCAAAGUUUUAAAUAAUUAUUAUUGGGAUAAUAUAAUACAUAUAUUAAGAAAACAUCCGGACAUAAAAUGUUGGCUGAAAAUUAGAAUGCUUUUUUUUAGAAAAAAAGGGCUAUUCUUAUCCUUAAACAUUCUUUCCUAUAUUGUUUAUAUUUUAUCGUUUCUUUUUGUACAAUAAUAAUUUAGAAACUCAUAAUAUCUAUUGUAAUAAUAUUAAUUAAAUGCGGACAAGAAAUUUUU